AGAGCGACCACACUUGACCGCUACGCGCGCGCGCAUUCGCCGCGGCGAAUUUCGUUCAUAUCGCUCGUAGAACGCGCUGCGCACGCGCAUCCGCCCCGAAAUGGUUAACUUGCCGUGUAAUAUUGUUUGUGUGUGUUUGUUUUUGUGUUUGCAAUCUGUUUUGUGUCAAUUCGGUUUUUUCCACAAACAAGAGGAUGACCAGCGACGCGGCGUCUCGUUUCAGUUUCCAAACGUUUUUGAUCCGAAUAGAAUCAGAAACACUUUAUCUGGCAUACUACAUUUGAGACCCGAAGAUAAGGACACAAAUAAAAUGUUCGUGUUUCCAUUCAGGAGACCCGGUAUAACCAACGACUAUGAUCAUAAUCACAGUUAUCCGAACCAAUAUGAUAAACCUGUGGAAUUCCCGAACGUUCCGCCAAAUUUUGGCAACCAGUACAAUUACGGUCAAAUACCAAAUUCAUAUCCCCCAAAUACAGAUGGCCAAUAUCAUCCAAAAUAUCCACAGCAACCUUCUUAUCCAGAGAUUCCACAUGAUCCUGUUAAUUUUGAUGAUUAUAAACAAAGCACAACCACUAUAUCAACCAUAAUAAAUGAAUCCGGAGAUAACAGUCCAUCAGGAGUGUUUCAAAAACCGGAAUCUCCCCAAGGUAUACCAAAUAUUCCACCAAAUUCUAACAUUCCUCAAGGAAUACCUAAUAUACCUCCAAGUCCUAAUACUUUCCCGGAAAUACCAAUAAAGCCACCAAGUUCAGAUGUCUUCACAGAAAUACCUAAUUUCCCUCCGAAUAAUGAUGCUACCUCAGGAAUACCAAACAAGCCACCAAGUGAAUAUGGCUCUCAGGGAAUACCUAGUAAAAAACCAAGUGAAGAUGCCAUUCAGGGAAUACCAGACAAGAAACCAAGUGAAGAUGUCUCUCAGGGAAUACCAAAUAAGCCACCAAGUGAAUAUGGCUCUCAGGGAAUACCAAAUAAGCCACCAAUUGAAGAUUCGUCUUCAGGUAUACCAAACAAGCCACCAAAUACAGAUUCUUCUCAAGGAAUACCGAUUGUGCCACCAUCUUCUGACACUUCUCAAGGAAUACCAAACACCGCAAGUUAUGGAGGACCACAGAACCCUCAAACAGAGCUGCCGAUGCUGACUCCUGUACCUGAAUCUCAGAAGAGGAAUAACUUCAACUUCGGAACCCACGGGAUAUUCCAGGAAACGUGUUCUACUAUAGAUGAUCAGGUCGGUAGUUGUGUAAGCCUGUUCCAAUGUGAGAAGUAUUUGAAGGUUGUUCAGGAGGCCGGCUCCAGCCCGGCGGCUGUGCAGCUGUUGAGGAAAGUGCACUGCGGAUUUGACGGGAACAACCCUAAGGUCUGCUGUCCACGACCAGGCAUCCCUACCGGGCCACCACCGUCGGUACCCCCACCACCGCCACCAACACAACCCGUCACCAAAGCACCCACCAUCACGGAGGAGCCAGAAAAAGAAUCUGAAGGCAAAUCGUUCUCUGAUGACUUUGUUGCAUCUUUACCCCAACCGCCUGUGUGCGGAGUCAGCAAUGCAUCGUUCAGUAGGGUGAUUGGGGGGGUUGACGCUCAUCUCGGUGACUUCCCAUGGAUGGCGCUUCUGGGCUACAAGCCCAAGCGCGGCCCCGGUGCGCGGUGGCUGUGCGGAGGCACCCUGGUCACCUCCAAACACGUUCUCACCGCAGCUCACUGCAUAUACUUGCAUGAAGAUGACUUGUUCCUCGUUCGCUUGGGAGAGCUCGACCUAGCAAAGGAAGACGACGGCGCCACACCGACCGACGUCCUGAUCAAAAAGAAGAUCAAACACGAACAGUACAGCUCCAAAGCCUACACUAACGAUAUAGGAGUUCUGGUGCUGGAGAAAGAAGUUCAAUUUACAGAUUUGAUCAGACCGAUCUGCCUACCGGCUAGCUCGGAGCUGAGAGAGAGAACCUUCGAGAAUUACAACCCUAUAAUUACGGGGUGGGGAGCCACAGAAUUUAGAGGACCAUCAGCGACCCACCUGCAAGCGCUCCAGUUGCCUGUAGUCAGCACAGACUCCUGCGCUCAAGCUUAUUCGCAGUACAAGGCGCAGAAGAUAGACGAGAGGGUCUUGUGCGCCGGCUACAAGAAUGGGGGGAAGGACGCUUGCCAGGGCGACAGUGGGGGACCACUUAUGCAGCCUAUUUGGAAUCCAUCUGACUACACGACAUACUUCUACCAGAUCGGUGUGGUGUCCUACGGAAAGAAGUGCGCCGAGGCUGGCUUCCCGGGUGUUUAUUCUAGAGUGACAUAUUACAUACCGUGGCUUGCUGAGAAGCUGCUGGGGACGGCGUAGGAAAUGUUAGCUUAAAACUAUUUGGACUGCAAACGUAGGUUUAUGUGAUUUUUUUUUUUUUGUAUUUUUAUUGACAAAAAUUUAAAAGUAAAACGUUACCUUAUGCAAGUCAAGAAACUUAGGAAGUAUUUGUCUCAAUUAGAAAAAUAAUAUUAUAUACUUAUUUAUUACUAUAUUUGAAAGAAAAAAAAAACAUGGAGUUAUUGCUAGAAGAAAGAAAUAACGUUUUUUUUUAUAAUUAAAACUAAUUUUUGUCCGCUACUUUGUACACGUGGAUUUUUGGAAUAGAAAGGCCAAUGAAAAUACCACUUCUACAUGGAGUAUCAGGAUAAACAUACAUCAGUUUUUAAGAUAGACCUUAGAGAACACAACUGUGAAAAUUGUAUUCAAUUUCAUGCAGUAGCUUUCGUAUAAUACCGGAACAAACAUACAGACAAACAGAUCAAAUGUCAGAUAGACGGACAGACAGAUAGAUAGACAAAAUUCCUAAUAAUUAUUAUUUUGGCUUAUAUAACCCUUAUUAGGACCUUUAUGUGUCCAAUGGAGCAGGUAUCCCGCCACCCGUAUCAAAUAGCAAGGACGGUAUGCCCGAACAAAUGCACCUUCAACCAUAAAAAAAAACCCUACAGAUAUCGUCUAAUUAUUAUUUUAUUAUAUUAGUAAGAUUAUUAUGUCCAUAAAUAAAUAAUAAAAACAACUUUAUUCCAUAACAUUAAAAUAAUAUACAUAAUAACUGUCCACUGCUGAACAUAAGCCUUCCCUAGAAGUGGAGUUUUGCCAGUAGUUGCCAUGCUUGGCAGGCGGGUUGGCAACCGCAGUUAGACUGUUAGUGAUGUUUUAAGAGGGACGAUCCUGCCCAUCCCUCGCUCUCCCUUAGUCGCCUUUUACGACACCCAUGAGAAAAAAUUGUGGCGUAUUCUAUACCGGGACCAGACGGCGAUAUAUACAUAUAUAUAGUAAUACAUAUAUAUAGUAAUAAACAUUAUAGAAAUUACAGUAAAAAUAAUAACGAAUAUUUAAAUUCAUUAAUACAUUUAGAUCAACUUAAACAUCUGUGUCUGAACUAAGCUAUAAAACCUAUAUCUCAGACAGCAUCGCCCUACCCUCACUAAAUAGAAAGAAAGAAGAAAACAUUUAUUGACAACAACAAAAAGUUCCAUAAAUUAUGAAUUAAAAAAAAAAACUUUACAUUUAUUAUUGCCAACGUGGUCACCACUCAGUAUGUGCUGCAGCAAUUUAAUUGCUACAGCGCUGAUAUUCUGUGGUGUCCAUACGUGACAUCACGAACGACGACAGCAAACAUAUAUAUAUAUAUAUAUAUAUAUAUAUAUAUAUAUACUAUAAUUUAUUUAUUUAUUACUAUUUAUUAUUUUUUAAGAAAGCUUACAGCUGAAAUAACUUAAUAAUUACAGCUGUAAGCUACAUGACAACAAUAAGCUAUAUAAUAUUAAUUCAGUGAAAUUUCUAAUGCUACAUACACAAUUGUUGAUUUUAUAUAAAUUUUAUUUAAUUUAUAAACAUGAAUAGUAAUGAAAAUUGUGAAAUAAUAAGCAAAAAAUAAAUAAAAAUAGGGUCAAACAAGAAUCGUUAUAGUAAAUGCAUUUUAAUUAUGUAAAAAAUUCAUUUGUCACGACUAUUUCAGUGGCAUGCUUUGAUAUUUAUCCCAUCAGACCGGCCGUAUUAGUGAUAUAGAAAAAAACUAUGAGCAACAAGUAAGCAUAGUGGUGGUGAAAAGUGAACUGACAUGUGAUAAAUGCUCUCAAAAUAUUAAUUUAUAUAAGUUAAGUGUUAUGUAUAAUUUUGUAAACUAAAAUAUAAACUUAACGUCAAUUAUAUUUUCUAAUAAAUAUUACCUAUUGUGAAAUAAUGGGGUCGAUUCUGAAGCACCGUUUCUUCAAAUCUAUCUCCGAAACAUAACAUUUCAGUUUGAUAUCAGAGCAAGAUAUUUAUUUUAAGGACCAAUAUCAACCAAUUUUCUAAUGAAUUUAAGUCAAAAUUAUUAUAAUUUUAGUUUAUGACGACCCAUAAAACAGUAACUUCGAGAAAUUGACAAUUAAAAAUAUUUGGUUAAGACAUAAGUAAUUUAAUAUUAAUUUUAAUUAAUUACAGUUUAAUUUUUUGCUAGUUAAAAUAUUUUAAUUUUCCAUAUUUGUUUAAUUAUAAUAUAUUAUAUUUUAUUUUACAUUUAAUUAGUUUACUUUUACGCCAUAUGUCUCUCUUUUCAUUUAAGAGUUUCCUCUUGUCGGUGCAACUAAUUCAUGCAUCUUCUUCCAGCCAGCUCUAUCGCAGGACAUAUCCUUGAUCUCUCUAUACGACAUAAUACCUAGUGUCCCAUGUAGUUAUUCCUCGGUCUUCCUUUUCCUCUUUUGCCCUCUAUUUUUCCUUCUACUAUGCUCUUAAAAAAAUCGUCAUGUCGUAUAAGAUGGCCCAGCAUUUUGCCUCUUCUCUUCUCUAUUAUUUUAAUUAAUGUUCUUUUCUCGUUCACUCUUCACGCCAUAUGUACACUUACUUAUAUAAUUUUGUAUUGAAGUUUAAAGAAAGUUUAGUGAAAUGGCGUCUUAGAAUCGACACCAAUAUUUCCUUAGUACACUUCGUAUAUAUUAUAAUUGUUAUAAAAUAUUAUUAUUUGUUUAAAAGUAAUAGUCACAAAUCAGAGAUGUAACAGUUUAAAGGCCAGAAAAAAAAACCAGUUUAUCAAGUAAAUUGUAAAGUACUUAAUUAUAACAUAAUGCUUAAAAAAAAGACAAACUUAAUAUGCGAUAGUUAUUUAAAUAUGUAUAUUUACAACAUAAAUGUAAUAAAUAUAAAAUAUGUGCAAUAAAAAUGGUAAUAAUUCUCAAUAAUUUAAGCUUUAAAUACAUAAUAUUUAUAAAUUUGUUAUUAGAAUAAAUGCUAAUAGUAUUAAUAUCUUGUAAUAAAAUAAUGACAAAAUAUAAUCUUGUUGUGAUUAUUGAAUUAAGAGUUAAUUAAACUUUAUACAAUAA